UUUGUUAUUGUUUUAAUUUCAUAUUAUUAUAUAGUAACUUCAGUUAUUUAGACUCAAUCGUAAUGAACAAAAUAUUUGUAUAUGCGAUUAUCAUUUAUAUAUACUUAUAUCGGCCUUGUAUUGCAGAUGUAAAUGUCGACCAAUACGAACCAGAAGUUCUUAACUCCUUGAUAGAAAAAUUAGAAAACGCAAGAAAAGAUUUAUCGAUUCGAAUUCGUAAGAUUGAUCCGGAAGAGACAGAUACUACUUUAUCUAGUAAAUAUAAUAGUGAAAUAUGUGUUGAAAAUAUCGAUCAAUAUGUGGAAGAAAUCGUAAACAUGAUGAAACAAUUAAAUUUACUAGUGCAAUUAUCAGAUAUUACUGUUGUGACAAAAUUAGAAUUUUAUUUCAUUCCUGUGGUUUUAAUAAUACUCCUGUUAGGGAUUGCGUAUUAUUACGUGAAAGAGUUUUAUAUAGCAAAUGAAACUGAAAAAUUCAAAGAUUCUGUAAAAGAUAUUCAAAAUUAUCAAAAUAAAAUUUCAAGAGAUUUUAACAAAAGUUUAGAAAAUAUAAUAAGUAAAUAUAGUGGCGACAUUUCAAAAAUAUAUAUUGAUUUGAAUUCUGUGGAAGAUAUGAUGGCAAUUGAUGAGAUGAUAAACGAUAUGAAAAAAGCAGAUAAACUGUUGAAAUUUAAAAUUAAAAAGUGUUUUGAAGAUAUUAACGAUAAAGCGAUGUUGAAAGCAGCUGAAAAGGAAAAUGAAAAGAAAGAAAUUUGGAAGAAAUUGGAAAAGAUUAAAGAAUUCAGAAAUAAAACAAUAAGAAGAUUAAAUUUAUUAUCAGAACAUGUUGAAAAUAUAUCUGUAAAUGUUAAUGACAUAAACGAAGCUCAUCAACAAUUGAGAAACGAAGAUUAUAAUGAUUUUACAAGUUGUGAAUCAGCUUUUGAAGAUUUCACAGCUAGAAUGUGUAGUUUAGAAAUGAAAAUCGCAAAUUGAUCGUUUAACA